UGCGCGCCGCAGCGGCGCCGGGCCCGGUGUCUGUAGCCGCCGGUACGCGGUCCUUACUGAGAGAGAGAGCGAGGGAGCGAGACGGAGGCAUGGCGGCGCCCACGUCGAUCCUGGGGCCCCCGCCGGUCAGCCAGAGCGGCCCCGGCUCGAUGGCGCCCUGGUGCUCUAUGAGCAGCGGCCCGUCUCGCUACGUGCUCGGGAUGCAGGAGCUGUUCCGAGGCCACAGCAAGACGCGCGAGUUCCCGGCGCACAGUGCCAAGGUGCACUCGGUGGCCUGGAGCUGCGACGGCCGUCGCUUGGCCUCGGGGUCCUUCGACAAGACGGCCAGCGUGUUCCUGCUGGAGAAGGACCGGCUGGUCAAAGAAAACAACUACCGGGGCCACGGAGAUAGUGUGGAUCAGCUCUGCUGGCACCCAAGCAACCCUGACCUCUUUGUCACCGCAUCUGGAGAUAAAACCAUUCGCAUCUGGGACGUGAGGACUACAAAGUGCAUCGCCACUGUGAAUACUAAAGGGGAGAACAUUAAUAUCUGCUGGAGUCCCGAUGGGCAGACCAUUGCUGUGGGCAACAAGGAUGAUGUUGUCACCUUUAUCGAUGCCAAGACACACCGUUCCAAAGCGGAAGAGCAGUUCAAGUUUGAGGUCAAUGAAAUCUCCUGGAAUAACGACAAUAACAUGUUCUUCCUGACCAAUGGCAACGGUUGUAUCAACAUUCUCAGCUACCCCGAACUGAAGCCUGUGCAGUCCAUCAACGCCCACCCUUCUAACUGCAUAUGUAUCAAGUUUGAUCCCAUGGGGAAGUAUUUUGCCACAGGAAGCGCAGAUGCUUUGGUUAGCCUCUGGGAUGUCGAUGAGUUAGUGUGUGUGCGGUGCUUCUCUAGGUUGGACUGGCCUGUGAGGACCCUCAGUUUUAGCCACGAUGGGAAAAUGCUGGCGUCAGCCUCAGAGGAUCAUUUCAUUGACAUAGCUGAAGUAGAGACAGGAGACAAGCUGUGGGAGGUGCAGUGUGAGUCCCCGACCUUCACCGUGGCGUGGCACCCCAAGAGGCCUCUGCUGGCGUUUGCCUGUGAUGACAAAGAUGGCAAAUAUGACAGCAGUCGGGAAGCUGGAACUGUGAAGCUGUUUGGGCUUCCGAAUGACUCCUGAGAGGGGGCCUGAGCAGAGGAGGUGCAGACUUUCAUUUAUAUGGGACUGUGAAGCUGUUUGGGCUUCCGAAUGACUCCUGAGAAGGGGCCUGAGCAGGGAAGAUGCAGACUUUCAUUUGUAUAGUUUGAUCUGUUCUCUUUGGACGUCGUGGGCAAUCUAAAUGUUUAUAAAUUGUAAAAAUUACAAAAAACUUUGAUUAGACUGUGCAUCCCUAAUCCUCUCUGAA